AUGGUGUACUGGCGCGUGGGCUUGGCGUGGAGCCGCUCGUGCGUGCUCGACCUCGGCCGCAACAAGAGCUUCCUCCCCCCCUUCGGUCUCUGUAGCUCGGACGAGCAGCUCUCGUUUUAUGGCUACGUCAUCGCGUACCCGCUGCAGGACUACGGCGGCAUCAUGGCAGCCCUGGGCUCGGACUCGUGGUGGCGGAAGACGCUGUACAUCACCGGGGGCGCGCUGCUCGCCGCCGCUGCUUAUUUACUGCACGAGCUGCUCGUCGUCAGAAAAGAGCAGGAACUGGAUUCCAAAGACACAAUCAUCCUUCACCAGUUUUCCCGGCCCAAGAACGGCGUUCCCAGCUUGUCCCCUUUUUGCCUCAAGAUGGAAACCUACCUGCGAAUGGUAGACCUGCCUUACCAGAACUACUUUGAUGGGAAGCUUUCUCCACAGGGGAAGAUGCCGUGGAUCGAGUACAACCAGGAGCAGGUGAGCGGCUCGGAGUUCAUCAUCGACUUCCUGGAGGAGAAGCUGGGAGUGAACCUGAACAGUAACCUGAGUCCCGAGGAGCGAGCCAUGUCACGCGCCAUCACGAAAAUGGUGGAGGAGCAUUUCUACUGGACAAUAGCCUACUGUCAGUGGGUCGAUAACCUGGAGGAGACGAAGAAGAUGCUGGCGGUGACUGGGCCCCUGAGUGACGUGCUCAAGUGGAUCCUGAGUCACAUUAAUGGUGGCAUAGUGAAGAGAGAGAUGUAUGGCCAUGGCAUCGGGCGCUUCUCGAAAGAGGAAAUCUACGCUCUGAUGGAAAAGGACAUGCGCACCCUGGCCACUCUGCUCGGGGAUAAGAAGUACAUCAUGGGCUCCAAAGUCUCCACGGUUGAUGCUGCAGUAUUUGGCCACCUUGCCCAGGCCAUGUGGACUUUACCUGGUACACGGCCGGAGCAGCUCAUUAAGGGUGAGUUCAUUAAUCUUGCCAUGUACUGCGAGCGCAUGCGGAGGAAAUUUUGGCCCGAGUGGUUUGUAGACGUUGACGACAUCUACUCCAAUGGCUUGAGUGAAGAGCCGCACUCCCUGUCUCACCUGCUUGACCUGGGCCUGUUUUCACACAGUGACAGUUUCCCGGAGGAACCCAGCAGCCUCUCGCGCUCCGACACCACACACUCACUGGACAGCGAUCGCACCGGACACUCGCUCUUCGACUCCGACAUGGACGGCGAGUACUCUGAGAUGGAGCAGAUCAAGUGCUAA